AUGGCUGUCAUCGACCUGCGCAGCGAUACCGUUACCCACCCCACCGACGAGAUGCGCCGGGCGAUGGCCGAAGCUGAAGUCGGGGACGACGUGUUCGGGGAGGACCCCUCAAUCAACGCUCUGCAGGAACGCGCCGCCGAGUUGCUGGGUCAGGAGGCCGGCCUGCUGACCGCCAGCGGGACCAUGAGCAACCUGAUCGCCGCUCUCACCUGGUGCAGUCGCGGCGAUGAGAUGAUCAUGGGGCAGGAAGCUCACAUGUUCUGGAACGAAUCCGCGGGUUCCUCCGCCCUCGCCGGCGCCCAGAUCCGCCUGGUCCCCAACGACGACAACGGGCGCAUCGCCGCCGGGGAUGUGGCGGCUGCCAUCCGCGACGCCUCCAACAUUCACGUUCCCGCGUCCACGCUGGUCUGCUUGGAAAACACCCACAACCGUUGCAGCGGCGGCGUGAUGACCCCGCAGGACACACGGGAAGUGGUCGAUGUUGCCCAUGCUGCCGGCGCAGCGGUCCACCUGGACGGCGCGCGUAUCUUCAAUGCCGCGGUGGCGCUGGAAGUUCCGGUGGCCGAGCUGACCAAAGACGUGGACGAUGUCAGCUUCUGCCUCUCCAAGGCCCUGUCAUGUCCGGUGGGUUCCGUGCUCUGCGGCUCCGAAGAGUUCAUCACCCGCGCCCGCAAGUGGCGCAAGAUGGUGGGCGGAGGGAUGCGUCAGGCCGGUGUGCUGGCCGCGGCGGGCCUCGUCGCCCUCGAUUCGAUGGUGGAGCGCCUCGCGGACGAUCACGCCAACGCCCGUCGGUUGGCCGCCGGCCUCGCCGAUGUUGAUGGCCUGACCGUCGAUCCCGAUAGCAUCCACACCAACAUCGUCAUAUUUGAAGUCGAUCGCGAGGCGGUCGGCGACGCCCGCGAAGUCAUCGCAGCCUUGCGCGAGGACGGCGUGCUGGUCAGCCACAGCCGCGAGCAGUCGCUCCGCAUGGUCACCCACCGGCACAUCUCUUCGGCGGACGUGGACGAAGCGGUCGCCCGCGUCAAUGGCACCGUACGCCGUUUGGCCGCCGCCGGCUAG